CAGGUACCACCUGCCAGUCACUGGUGCUGACUACACUCAGCCCUGUGCUGCUGUGUUGCAGGCAUGAGCAGGCAGGGCGGCGUGCUGCUCACCACAGCCCUGCUGGUAGCCAGGGCUGCGCCGGCGGCGGCGCUGCAGAUGAACAGCCACCGCAACAUCUCGCAGCUGCUGGACAACCUGCUGCGAGGCUACGACAACAGCGUGCGACCAGACUUCGGCGGUCCGCCGGCGGUGGUGGAGGUGGACAUCAUGGUGCGCAGCAUGGGGCCCAUCUCCGAGGUGGACAUGACGUACUCCAUGGACUGCUACUUCCGGCAGUCGUGGGUGGACCGCCGCCUGUCCUUCCGGGGAGACAAGGACACGCUGGCCCUCAGCAUCUCCAUGCUCGCGCGCAUCUGGAAGCCCGACACCUACUUCUACAACGGCAAGCAGUCCUACCUGCACACCAUCACCACGCCCAACAAGUUCGUGCGCCUGCAUCAGGACGGCCGCGUGCUCUACUCGUCCAGGCUGACCAUCAAGGCGGGCUGCCCCAUGAACCUGGAGGACUUCCCCAUGGACACGCAGCGCUGCCCCUUGAAGUUCGGCAGCUUCGGCUACUCGGCGCGGGACGUGCUGUACCGCUGGAACGGCGCGCGCCAGGUCGCCAUCGCCGAGGACAUGAAGCUGUCGCAGUUCGACCUCAUCGACACGCCCUCCGCCAACCAGACGGACCUGCUCAAGUCAGGCGAGUACUCGAUGCUGCUGGUGAGCUUCCACCUGCAGCGCCACAUGGGCAACUUCCUGAUCCAGGUGUACGGCCCGUGCGUGCUGCUGGUGGUGCUGUCCUGGGUGUCCUUCUGGCUGAACCGCGAGGCCACGGCGGACCGCGUGUCCUUGGGCAUCACCACGGUGCUCACGAUGACCUUCCUGGGGCUGGAGGCGCGCACGGACCUGCCCAAGGUCGCCUACCCCACGGCCCUCGACUUCUUCGUCUUCCUGUCCUUCGGCUUCAUCUUCGCCACCAUCAUACAGUUCGCCGUGGUGCACUACUUCACGAAGCACGGCUCGGGCGAGUGCUACUUCUCCUCCGACCUGAGCUCGGACUCGGGCUCCGACGAGGCCGACUGGAGACAGCGCAGACCGAGCUCCGCCAGACACGUGCGUGCGCCUCCCGCGCCGGCCCCGGAGGCGGCGGGGGCGGCGCGGCGGCGCGGCGGCAGGCGGCGGCACUCGCCCUGCUACAACUCCGUCUCCCAGGUGGACCGCGCCUCGCGCCUGCUCUUCCCGCUCAGCUUCCUCGCCAUCAACGCCUUCUACUGGUACUGCUAUCUGUCGCGCAGUCGGCGCAUGCGCGCGUCGCCGUGACCUCCCUCUGCCUCCCUCUGCCUCCCCUCUGCCUCCCCUCUGCAUCCCUCUGCCUCCCUCUGCCCCUCUCUGCCUCCCUCUGCCUCCCUCUGCAUCCCUCUGCCUCCCCUCUACCUCCCUCUACCUCCCUCUACCCCCUCUACCUCCCUCUACCUCCCUCUGCCUCCCCUCUGCAUCCCUCUGCCUCCCUCUGCCCCUCUCUGCCUCCCUCUGCCUCCCUCUGCCUCCCCUCUGCCUCCCCUCUACCUCCCUCUGCCUCCCUCUGCCUCCCUCUGCCUCCCUCUGCCUCCCCUCUACCUCCCUCUACCUCCCUCACCCCACCGCUGACCACCCUCUACCUCCCUCUGCAUCCCUCUGCCUCCCUCUGCCUCCCUCUACCUCCCUCUGCCUCCCUCUGCCUCCCUCUGCCUCCCUCUGCCUCCCUCUACCUCCCUUACCCCACCGCUGACCUCCGAGAACACGUCAGGUUACAACAGUAGCGAGUGCCACGUAGAUUAUAGCAGCCAAGCAUGGUUCACUUGACCACAGACCAUCAGGAACAUCUAAGAACUGUUGUAGGUGAGAAUACUCCGGUUGUUUUACACAAGCAGAAAGACUAAAGAUUGUGAUAACCCUUCAAGAACGUGCACUAUCCAGAGUAGUUACUACAGUAUCGGAGAAUACCGAACCUGGUUGUAUUGGACGAGUAGGAAGUGAAACAUUCAGUGAUGAGCCUUGAAGAACUUUUGACGCUCAGGAAGAUGUGUACAAUACGGUCAAACAUCAGGAACGUGUAAAAUCCACAUAACCACACUACUUAUAAGCACAUGUGAUGCCCAUAAGUUGGAAUAUACACAAUCUGAAUUGAAUCGACCAAGGAUACAUAACAAAUGAUUGAAAUUCAAGAUAUUUGGCCAAGAACAAAUAAUGGAUUGGUUAUAAGAUGGGAUGUGUCUAUUAAGUAAAGGUAAAUUUUAAAUUGAACCCAUGUAUUUAAAAUAAAAUCGCUUCAAACUGCUAGAUACAUCUUAGGGCUUCAGCCAGAACACGAAUCAUGUGUUAACAGCAGGCGUAUGAAACCCAUAAAGUAAAUACCAGAUUCAGGUUAGAAAAACACCAGUGAAGAAUAGUCGUUUCAUAGUUUAGAUUGUGAUAGUCGCUGUUAAAUAGGUUGGGGGGAUAGAUUAUGGUCUAUCCAAUUUGAUGUUGUAAAUUCUUUCAAAUAUUGUCACAAACUAAUUCUUCCAUUAUUAUUUUAAGGAAAUUAAGUAAUUCAAGUUUAUCCAUACGUACCAUAAUUCAGAUUAGCACAUUUUUAUUGAUAUUAUUUUGAUGUAUUUAUGCUUUUAUUCAUAGCAAUACCCAUUUUAUCACACGCUAAAAAUUCAUAUAAUUCUUUUCUAACGAAAAAGGUAUUUAUAUUGAAGAAUAAAAUUCACCCCUGAAACCAUUUGUUUAUAAAUACUUUAGUGUCAGUUUGCUUUACUUAGAUGCUUUUAAAAAGGGUUACUUUAAAUUAAAAACCGUCCAAUCAGAGCUAUAUUUUUGUUGGAAUCAAGGAUUAAGAUAAACUAAAACAAUUUAAACACAGCUCUGUGAAUCUUUUCAUUGUCUUGGCUAUAUUUUAUCUCAGUAUUUUACACCGAUUAGAAUGAUCGAAUGAAAAAGAGUAAUAUAAUAUUAUUAAGCUUUCAAACAAUGACACAUUUGUAGGACUCCGUUGAAAUAAAUUGCUCUGCACAAAUGUUUUAUCAUCAUUGUUUGUGUAAUGUAAAAGGAAUAAUUCUAAUUAAACUUCGUGAUCCUAUAAUCCCAAUCACAGAUUCAACAUCGUAAUAUUCUGUCCACAUCACGAGCUUUUAUAACUGUCAGGAAGUCCUCUGUGAAAUGAGAAGCAGUCUUUCUGAAAAUAGCGAAUAUUUCUUUAUUUCAAACUAGUUGCCGUGUUAUUCUUUAAACGUUUAGGGACGUCAGAAUAACUGUCAAACAAAAACAAAAAAAAAACCUUCUUUACUUUUGCUAUAUUUUCAUGAGAAAUUCGUCAUGAAUAUUUCUAGAAAAAUAAUUAUGAAGUGAAUCUAGUUUCAGCUUUAAAAUAUAAUUCAUGGUAAUUAUUAUAAAACUUUUUUUUUUCUAACCGGUCGUGAUUAUACUGAAACUCUGCCCAAUACAUUCUUAAGAUUUUGGUGAACCAGAAUAAAAGUUACGUCUAAGUGAAUUAAAUCUUCUUUGUGAAUUUUCAGCCCUACAACCAGAAUCUCCCGUUCCUCCAGACAUAAUCUAUGCUAAUAGGAAGAUUGAUGUUUAAAAACCUUUAAAUUUAGCUCCUUCAAGCUUCAUAACUAGUAACAGAAAAUUAGAAAUGUAUAAUUUAGGGUUAAUUGUCUGCAAAAAAAAUAACAAAACAAGCACUGUUUUGAAGGGAAAAUGCCAUUCAUGUUCUCACACCUUCCUGGCAGUUCUUCAAGAACCAAGCCUCAAUCAGCUGCUAAAUAUUCCCAGCCAGAACAUCUUUGCGGUUGGAAUGGUUGCAAUAAUUUUUUAAAAUAAAAAUGUGAGCUAGUCGUUCAGUAUUCGCCAGGGAUAAUGAACAUGUAACCUCGGUAACGAGCAAAUUCAUGUUCUCAGGUUGCGAAUAAACUUAUAAUAUGAAAUUCAGACACGAAAUUUAACGUUGAAUUCUUUAAUAUAACGCCAAGCAUGAAAAAAUUAGUUUCUGCGCCCGCCGCUACAAUUCGCUGCCUGAACAGUAAACAUUGCUUGUCACCAUUAAACUCAGCUAGCAAUUGGCUAAAACUAUUAGACACGGCUCCGAUAAAACCUCAGCUUUGGAAUUGA